GCGGGCUCUUUAGAGCGCUGAACAGCUUCGGGCCAAAGGACCAUGCGAGGGCCAGAGCCCGGCCCCGACGCUACCAUGGAAGGGGACGUGCUGGACACACUGGAGGCGCUGGGAUAUAAAGGACCACUGUUAGAAGAACAAGCUCUUACCAAGGCAGCAGAGGGUGGACUUUCUUCGCCUGAAUUUUCAGAGCUCUGUGUUUGGUUAGGCUCUCAAAUAAAAUCAUUAUGCAACUUGGAAGAAAGUAUCACUUCAGCUGGGCAAGAUGACUUAGAGAGCUUCCAGCUUGAGAUAAGUGGUUUUUUAAAAGAAAUGGCCUGUCCAUAUUCUGUUCUCAUAUCAGGAGAUGUUAAGGACCGUUUAAAAAAGAAGGAUGACUGUUUGAAACUUCUGUUAUUUUUAAGUACAGAACUUCAAGCUUUACAGAUAUUACAGAAAAAGAAAUGUAAAAAUUCUCAAUUAGAUAAAAACAGUGAAAUUUAUCAGGAAGUUCAAGCUAUGUAUGAUGCCCUUGGCAUACCCAAGUCUACCACUCCUGACAUUCCGGUUAUGCUAAACCAAGUGGAAUCAAAGGUGAAGGAUAUUCUCUCUAAAGUCCAGAGAAAUCAUGUGGGAAAACCAUUGUUGAAAGUUGAUUUAAGUCCGGAACAGGCGGAACAACUGGAAAGAAUCAACGAUGCCCUUUCCUGCGAAUAUGAAUGUCGCCGGCGGAUGUUAAUGAAACGAUUAGAUGUGACAGUGCAGUCCUUCGGAUGGUCAGACAGAGCAAAGGUAAAGACAGACAGCAUAGCAAGAAUUUACCAACCUAAGCGUUAUGCUUUGUCUCCCAAGACGACUGUGACAUUGGCUCACCUACUUGCUGCUCGUGAGGAUCUGUCUAAGAUCAUUAGGACAAGUAGUGGCAUCAGUCGGGAGAAAACAGCAUGUGCCAUUAAUAAGGUGCUGAUGGGAAGAGUCCCUGACAGAGGAGGCCGGCCAAAUGAAAUUGAACCACCACCCCCUGAGAUGCCCCCUUGGCAAAAGAGACAAGAAGGAGGCGGAAGGGGUGGUUGGGGUGGUGGUGGUGG